UCUGACGGCGUGGGAUCUGAACCAACAGAUUAUUCAACGCUUGCACAACUGAAAUGAACUGUUUUGACGUCUUAUGAACUGGAAGAGAUUAGUGUCUGCGGCUGGCGAACCAGUAUUCUCAUACUAAUGCAAACUGGUUAAGAUGUCAUUAUGGGUGGCACCUUUGGGACGAGGUGUGGACUGCCUGCAGUCUUGCUUUGUCUGGCAGCUCUCCUCUGCGCCAAUCUGCUGCUGUAUUUCUACCUAGAUGCCCUGUAUCAGGACACUAACCCUCUCUCAGCACAUACGCAGUGCCCGCUUCGCCACUUUAAAGUGGGCACCAUGACCACCUGUACCCCUUGGCUUCAGUGCCCCGAAAUUCGUGCUGAGGUCCGCCAUGUGAAGCUCAUUGGACAAGGGGCUGUGAAGAAGGUUUAUCUGUCCGAGUGGCGAGGGCAGAAGGUGGCGCUCUCCAUCUUGUCAUCGGAGCAGUAUACAGAUGAUUUCCUCCAUGGACUGUCAAUGCUACGUGCCUUGCAGAGCGCCCACGUCGUGACGCUUGUAGGGGCGUGUGAAGAGGAUGGUGUGUUUGUUACAGAGUAUCACCCUCUGGGAUCAGCACUGACGCUCGAUGCCACCCUCGUGCAAGACCGAUAUCGCUGGCGAAACUCCUGCCAUACUCGACUACAGCUGGCCAUAGACUACGUCGCCUUCCUGGCGUACCUGCACAGCAGUCCGGUGGGCAUCCGAGUCAUGUGUGACUCCAACGACCUGCACAAAACUCUCAGCCAGUUUCUGCUCGCAUCCGACAUGCGUCUGUUGGCCAACGACCUGGAUGCGCUGCCUGAGGUGGAGAGGGGACGUCGAGGGGUGAAGUGCGGUCACCAUGAGCUCACCGGGGACUUCGUUGCUCCUGAGCAGUUGUGGCCUUACGGCGAGGAUGUGCAGUUCUCAGAUGAAGCCAUGCCUGGUUACGAUGAAAAGACGGACAUCUGGAAGAUUCCAGAUGUGACACGUUUCCUAUUGGGGAAUGUCCUGGGAAGUGAUGUCAUCCAUUUUCACUUGUUUCAGAUCUACACAGAGUGUAAGAGGAAGGAGCCUCACAUGCGGCCGACGGCGCUUGAGGUCCUCAGUGUGUAUCGCUCUGUCUACGACAGCAUGAUAGAGAGUCAAUCACAGAGAGUUAGAGAUAUGUUGUAGAGCAUAAUGGUCAUUAAAGGGAUAGUUCAACCAAAAAUGAAAA